UACUGGCACAAUAUGAUGGAUGUGAUAGGGAUGUUUAGCUAGAAACGGUACAGCUUCCCCUUUAAGAAGUCUGACCGGUGCUCAGCGCCCAAUCGCGGCGCGUAAACUGAAUUUUGUUGUUGUCAGCAACCAGCGGCUAGAAGUAAGCUAGCGUUAGCCGGCGAGCUAAUAGUGAAAUAUCGUUUUGUGUCACUCGCUGACAUAAAGAAUAAAGUACAGCGGCUGUUGUCACGUCAAAACAGUCGCCUCGAUAUCAGGAACGAUGUCGUAUGUACUGUCUGAUCCAACUUUAGAGAGACACUUCAAGGGUCACAGAGACAAUGUGACGAGUGUGGACUUCAGCUGCAACAUGAAACAGAUAGCCACAGGCUCUAUGGACUCCUGUGUGAUGAUCUGGAACAUGAAACCUCAGAUGAGAGCAUAUCGUUUUGAUGGACACAAAGAUGCUGUUCUUUCAGUUCAGUUUUCUCCGUCCGGCCACCUGGUGGCCUCCGCCUCUAGAGACAAGACUGUACGUCUCUGGGUGCCGAGCAUGAAGGCUGAGUCAACAGCUUUUAGGGCUCACACUGCCACUGUGCGCAGCGUUAACUUUUCUGGUGAUGGACAGAGUCUGGUCACAGCCUCUGACGACAAGACCAUCAAAGUUUGGACCGUCCACAGGCAAAAGUUUCUAUUCUCUCUCAACCGGCACAUCAACUGGGUCCGCUGUGCCAAGUUUUCUCCAGACGAUCGCUUGAUUGUAUCGUCUAGUGAUGAUAAGACUAUAAAGCUGUGGGACAAGAAUAGCAGAGAGUGUAUUCAUUCUUUCUACGAACAUGCUGGUUAUGCAAACCAAGUGGACUUCCAUCCUAGCGGAACAUGCAUCGCUGCAGCCAGCACUGACAACUCUGUCAAGGUGUGGGACAUCAGAUCCCAUAAGAUGCUACAGCACUACCAAGUCCACAGUGGAGUAGUGAACAGCUUGUCUUUCCAUCCGGCUGGUAAUUUCCUCAUCACUGCGUCCAGCGAUUCCACGAUGAAGAUACUGGACCUUGUAGAGGGCAAGCUUCUGUAUACACUGCAUGGACACCAGGGUCCAGUGACCUGUGUGGCCUUCUCCAGGACGGGAGAGUACUUUGCCUCUGGUGGUUCAGAUGAACAGGUUAUGGUGUGGAAGACCAACUUUGACGGUGCCGACUGCACUGAUGGUGUCAGACUGCAGCAUAAAACUACUUCCAGCUCUCAGGCACCACAAGCCAACUCCACAGCUUACCCGCCCUUUAACUCACAUCCAUCUCUGCUCCGUAGCCAGGCUUCUGAACUAUCGGAACAUUUCAACGGACAGGACUCCCACGCUGCCGCCCACGCUCAGAGCGGGAGUCACAGCCACAGCAGAGCCACUCAUUCCCUCACCUACAGAAACCCCAGCUCCAUCUCCUCCUCCACCCACCAGACACAGACCCAGGGCUCAUCGCAGCAUCAACCCCGGGUUCAAGCACAGGCCUCAGAUGAAGGCGUCCCCCCCGGUCUCGCCAGCACCCUGGAACACAUAAUAGGUCAACUGGAUAUUCUCACUCAGACGGUUUCGAUCUUGGAGCAGCGGCUGACACUCACCGAGGACAAGCUCAAAGAGUGUUUGGAGAACCAGAUGGAGAUUGGAGUACAUCUCCAGAGACGAGAGGAGGCCUAAAGAUGGUGGCAUCAGAGAGAGGUUAAGCUGCGGCGCGAGUGGAACGGUGUCACACCAUUUACAGAAAAACACACACACACACACACACACACACACACACACACACACAUACACACACACACAGCGGUCUCUCAUUGCAACACAGUCACACUUUCAGCAAAAAUAUUUGGCGCAGACCGUUUUUCCUGACAGGACUUUAAAUGCACACGAGCCUCUCUGCUGCUGUACUGUGUCUGGUUAUUUUACAAAGAGAUAUCAGAAGUGAAGGAAUUGAAUAUUAGGGAAGUUGUUCCUCUACAACAGUGCUGAGAGCGCAGUCCCGUUUCUGCUGACGAAGGACCUGGUACUAGUCACUGUGUGUGUGUGUGUGUGUGUGGGCGUGCGCAAGAUGGCUGCAAAAGUGUAGCGAUUGCAAGAGACUUCAGUACUUGCCUAUGCGCUGCACGUGUGGAUGCUUUAACUCUACUUGUGUGUGUGUGUGUGUGUGCAGGCUUGAGCAAAAUGGCGUCGGUAAAAGAGCUCCUCUCUCCUCACAACUCAACACAACAGUUACCGCAGAGCCAGCACAGUGCCUUUAUUGUGUUUUACAUGAAGAAAAUCCACGUUCGGAUUUUAAGGUUUUGAAACUUUUUUUUUAAAAUCACAAGUCUGGCGAUAUUCUGUGUUUUUUAUUAUCAACAACCCCUGAAACAACAACAAAUUGAUCCUUCUUAUGAUGUUGACGGCGUAGCCUCACGUCUGUGCCAGUGACCUCCACUGACCCCCAGUUCCUUCACUGCUUCAACCACACACACACCUUCUUGCCACCACAGUAGUCAUUAUCUGCUCACCCUCAUGCUGGGGGAGAGUCAGGUGAAGUUUUCUAGUCCACAAAACAUUUCUGGAGCUUCACAGCAAAACAGUGUUGCAGCGUUCGCCUCAAUAACUGUAGUAGUAGAUGGGUGCUUGUUUUAAAAACUUUUUUUUUUUUUUUUUAACAUAAAGAGGUUCCUUUCAGCCCGUCUGAGAUCCCACAUUCAUUUGGAAAGCUGGUGUUUACACCCUUGACGCUUGGUCGAGCUCGUUCACCCACUUGAGAGGAGAUGCGCUGAUGCCUUUAAGUUUCGCAGCUACGCUGAAGAUUGAAAAGGGUGUAAAUAACGUCUUUUUCAAAUCUAUUUGGGAUUUCACGGCUGCCGGAGACUUUGAUUACACCAGACAAGCUGCAUGGAGCCGUUUCAUGUUUAUUUCCUUUUUUUUUUAAAUUUAUUUUUAAAAAUCUACUUCAGUUUAUUCAGGAGAAUGUUCCAACACUGCUUUUUUUUACUCUGAAGCUCCAGAAGAGACCACGCCCUGAGGACACGGAGACAUUGGCGCUUUUGGUCCUCUCACUGGGUUGUUGACAACAAUAAAAAUGUUUUAUUUUUAUUUUAAAUUUCAAUUACUGUAAUGGUGCUCUGCUAGAUUGCAAGUUGGAUUUUCUGCUCUGUAUGUGAAGAACUGCUGAUUGUUUUAAAGGCGUCCUGUUCUGUCCUUUUGUACCAUUUUUGUAAUUUUAUACACUGAAAGUAACUUAUUGUGAAGCCUCUUAAUAAAUGUUUCUCACUCUUUCGGUA